UGACCCUAGCCUCUAAAACUUCAUCGUUACCAUGUGCCUCCAUUCUAAUUAAUAAAUUAAUGAGGUAAAAUUCAAUCUUUCCUCACUUCCUUUUUCAGAUAGUGUUCAUUGCAGAAUGUUGUGUGAUGCAUGUGUACUUAAUUUGAGUCUUUUCAUGCACACGUACAAGGAAAUGCAGAUAGUUUGGUGGGAAAGGCGAUAGGUUGUGUUUUGCUCUACGAGCGUGGAAUACCGAUCUUUUUAGUCGGGAUUACUGGUUAAGUCAUGUUUUUUUGAACCGGUUCAUGUAGCAAAGGCUGCUGAGCUAAUGUCAGUCUGGAAUUCCUUUCUACAUGAUUUGUGGGAAGAUCAUUUCUGUGGCCUUCUGGUUCUUGCUGAAUGAUUCUACAUGAAAAGAUUGUUGCCCUUUUUUUUAUUUUUUUAUUUUUUAUUUUAUGAUUUUGGUUACCAUUUGUUCAUUUCCAUAAUCUCAUUGGCCUGCCUGUGCAUCAAUUUGAUUUGCAUUAUCCUUUCUCUAUUGUCAUUAUAGAACAAGCCUUGAAUGCUAAUAUAUCUACUAGGCUUUUAAUAACACUUGGCACUCUUCAAAACCAUCUCCCUAACUGAUGAUUAAAAAUUUUAUGACUACCGUUAUAUAACAUCUGUCCGAGUCCGUUACACCAUGACCGAUACUGCGAGUCUUGAUUCAGAACCAAAGCAAUUUUAAUAAUUUCAGAACCAAAGCGAUUUUAAUAGUUUUAGAAAUAGUGAACCCAAACCGUAUUGAAACCGAUCUGAAUCAUUAGAAAUAGUAAAAUUCAACAUAAAUUAAACCCGUACCAAUCCGUACAAUUUGGUUCGGUUAGGUCUGUUUUAAUUUACCGGUUGUAACUGUUUUUUAUCCGCCCAAAAUUUUCAGAAAUCUUUCAACUUGUUUUAUAGAUUGGACAUGGCAAUUACAAUGGGAGACAGAGAGGCGCAAGGCCUCCUUUGUUUAUACAUAUAGAGCAUGUGAUUCCAUAUGUGGGAGUAUUCCCUUCUCUACUGCCAACAAGCUGCCGCCCUCUCCAUGCCUAAGCUUUUGUUUAUUGUGUAUAGGCUUUGCAUCAAUUUCGAGUGGCUAAUAAAAAUGGAUAUCUGAAUGCUUCCUUGUCUCCCCAAAACAUAUAUUUCUCUGCCUCCUCAUCCCAUCUUAUGAUAACAAUUUUUAUUAUAACCAAUUGUGAAUUAGUUCUGCAACACAGCUAUUUUCUCCCACCAAUAUUAGUUGACUUCUCUCUCUCACACACACAUACACAUUCAAUUACUCUCUAUGAUUAUUUAUUUUGGAAAUGCAUACAUGCCAGCCAUUAGUGUUGAGAAGUAGCAGAUUCCUGUUUCAAUGAUGGACUAUUUAAAGAUUGAAUUCUGGUUGAGAGGAUGGUACCACUGAUGAUUGGGAAGGCAACAAGGCAUAUACAGCUAUUGUGGUCUCUACCCCUUGUUUACAAUCUCAAUAUCAUAACCUAAAAUUAUAACCAAAGGCUAUACGUUGCCCAUUUCAUGACCAUAAAAUUAUGGGACGAAUCAGACAUUGCCGGUUGUUGGCUCGAAAUGAGACAAGAAUCAUCAAAAGGUAGGAUGAUGAUCCACAUUGACCAUCACAUGCCUACUGUUUUUAUAAAUGGAGUUGGAACCUCAUUCUCUAGUCAAGCUUCACCUUGAAUAUCGAGCAAUUUCAACAUCUGCAGAGAAAGCAAAAAUGGCAGUCUCUUCUGCAACUCUUGGCUUGCAAUAUCAUGUCAGGUCCAUUAGUUUGCCUUCCAGGUUACAUCCUCAUUCUAUAAAGAUUGAAGCUGAGCUAAACAAGCUCAAAUCCUGGGAAGCAUCAACAACGACAGUCCCUUUAACUGCAGAGACUAUUCGAAUUGGUCUGGUUGGCCUUGCAGAGCUAUACACUUAUGUCGAGGAGCUCAUUCACUCUCCCCAGACACAGCAAUCUCUUUUCCAACCUCAACAUGGUGUGCUAGUGGAAGAAGCACUUGAGGGAUCAGCCAGUCUGCUGGACUCGUGUGGUGCUGCACGAGACUUGAUUUUGCUGAUGAAGGAACAUGUGCAGGAGCUUCAAUCUGCGUUACGUAGAAAGGGUGGAGAUUCAAGCAUUGAAAGCAACAUCAAUGCUUAUACAUGCUUCAGAAAGAUAAUGAAGAAGGAGAUUUCCAAGUGCCUCAGAGCACUGAAGCAAAUGGAAAACAGAACCAGUUCCUCUCCUCUCUUGGAUGCUGAUCACUAUCUGUCAGUUGUGAUCAGAAUCCUAACUGAAGUAACUGCCAUCACAAUCUCUGUUCUUAGAACCUUCCUGUUGUUCUUCUCUGCUUCGGCUCUGAAGACAAAGUCCGGUGGGUGGUCAUUGAUCUCAAAACUGAUGCUGACAAGGUCAGCAACUUCUAAGACCAGCGAGAAGAUUUUCAACGAUGCAGAAAGUGUUGAUUUGGCUCUGCAGUCUCUCCAUGGAUGCUUUCGGAGCCAUGAUGCCAAGGUUGACGUACAAAUGGCGCGAAGGAGAUUGCAGGCUCUUGAUGGUAGCAUCGAAACACUUGAGGCUGGAUUGGAUUGCUUGUUUAGAUGCCUAGUCCAGAAUAGAGUCUCUCUUCUGAACAUCCUGGUUGACUGAAGAUAGAAACCAUUGUACAUCUCAAAUUGGUCAUGGCGUCCAUGUUUUAUAGGAUUUGCUAAUGUUCCAAACCCUAUUUUUGUACAAGUGCUGAAGCAAAUGAUAGUAUAU